ACUUUGCUUAAAAUUCGGUUAAUAACAUCUUCUCUUCCCUCAACCAUCGCCUCUGAACACACAGUUUCUCUGUCGUUUCUUCUCCGCUUCUCCGGUCAAUUCUGAACCCUCAAAGAGAAAGAGAGAGUCUUUGUUCGCGAGCUCCGCGGUGAUAAUAAUGCUGGCGAUGAUGGACUCGCGAUCUUCUUCUCUCCAUCUUCAUCGCUCCUCCUCUGUCGUUGACCUAAUUUCCGGUAUACGAAUGAAACCAAGUCCCGCUCCUCCGUGUACGCCUCGAAUAUGUGGUGGAAAUAUACGCUGUUGAUUCUUCUCGUUAGGCUUCCUCUUCUUCUUCUUUUACUUCGCAUCUGAAUUUCGAGAUCUGAUAAGAAAUUGCGUGUUCUCGAAGCUUCCUAGUGGGAUCGUGACUCCUUAGGGUUUGUUUUCGACUUGUGUGAAUCUGUUAGGGUUUGUUUUGGGAGAACUGUGGAUUUUUUUUUUAGGGUUUUCUUUUUUAAGUUAUUUUGUGUCUGUUUGGAUCUUUUUUAAUAAUGGCUGAGAGGAAAGAAUUAGGGUUUCAAAAGACUGUUGUAAGUUUGAAAGAGCAGUUAGCGAGAACCACUCUGAGGAACUUGAGAGCGCAGGGUCACACCUACGUCGAGCUGCGUGAGGACGGGAAGCGAUUCGUGUUCUUCUGCACUCUGUGUCUCGCUCCUUGCUACAGUGACGCGAUCUUGCUUGGACACUUGAACGGGAGCCUUCACAAGGAGAGGCUGUCGUGUGCUAAGAUGACGCUUCUCCACGGUGAAAACCCGUGGCCUUUCAAUGAUGGUGUGCUCUUCUUCGAUACGGAGGAAGAAGAAGAGGAGGAGGAGAAAAGUUUGAUCUCUGUUGGUGUUGAAGCUGAAGCUGGUCCUUUGCAGCUUUGCUGCAGUGAUGAUGAUGGUGAUAGAUUUGCUAUUGUUGCUUAUGAUGAGAAUAGAAUGAGUCGAGACGAUGAUCAGCCUGCUGCUGCUGGGGAUGAUCUGUUGAUAUCUGGUUUGCUGAUCAAGGAGAGAACUCUUGAUGUGGAAGCGAAGUUUAUUGGGUUUGGCCGGAUAGCUGCUAGGUUGUUUGAGACGAAAGGACGGUCGACUUGGAUUGAUAAGUUAUGGUGCGAGUGGUUAGGAAAAGACGGUCCUUCAGAUGAGGAGAAGGCUGUUGUCCCGGAGCAUGACUUUGCUGUUGUCACGUUCUCCUACUUCUACAAUUUGGGUAGGCUUGGUUUGCUCGACCAUCCGAGCCGUCUUCUCACAUCAGAAUCAGGUGAAGACAGUGGCAGGAAGAGAAAGAAGUCGUUCUCGGAUCCGGAGGAUACAAGCGAGUCUCUGUGUAGUCAGGAUGACUCCUCUGAGGAGGUUUCUUCAAGAGCCUUACUAGCUGACUACGAUGACCAUCUCGUGAGCAGGAGAGUCAUCAAGAACAGAACGGUGAGACGGGAGCUUAGGAAGCAGCAGAGGAUAUUUUCCGAAAGGAUAUGCGAAGUCUGUAAGCAAAAGAUGCUUCCGGGGAAAGACGCUGCAGCGAUACUAAACACGAAGACGGGGAAGCUCGUGUGCGGCAGCAGAAACCUCCUUGGUGCUUUCCACCUGUUUCACGUGUCUUGUGUCGUGCACUGGUUCCUCUUCUGUGAGAGUGAGAUACUUGGGAACAAGAUGGUGAGUGGGAAAGGCAAAAAGAGAUGCGCGAAGAAGCAUCAGAGUGGUGUGAAGUUGAAUAGGUUGGUAAGCGAUGUGAGCUGGCAAAUAUUCUCAGUGUUCUGUCCUGAAUGCCAAGGCACUGGGAUAAACAUUGAAGGAGAUACGAUUGAGAGAGACACGUUCCCCCUUUCUCAGACAUGGAGGUUUGGGGUGAAAGUGAGUGAAGGUAGAAAAGCAUGGGUGAAAAAUCCGGAGAAGUUGGAGAAUUGCUCGACAGGUUUUCAUUUUCCGCAACAGAAUGAAGAAUCAGUCAAGGAUCAGGAGGAGAGAGUGCAGAACAUGAAGCUAGUUCGUUUCUACCGGGUGGAGUUGUAAUGUAGGGAAAACAACUAGCUUGAGAUACUCUGAAUUUGAUGUGUGUUUGUGUGUGUAAAUAAGGCCUUGGUCUCGCAUUUUACAGGUCUCUCUGUAAAUCCUAUAACUUUUGAUACUAUCUGAUCACUUUUGAGGCCCAA